AUGGAAGAAGCUCUGGAGCGUGACCGGUCCUAUGACAAGCACAAGGCGAAAUGCAUGGCCGCCGUGCUGCCCUCUGUGGAGGCAUCGAUGCGCGAGAAGGAGGCCUGCCGUAUCGUCGUCGAAGCCACAAACAUGAGCAGCGCCGCGUUCUGGACUGUUACACAGGUUCGAAGGUGCAUAGCAGACAGUGUCAUGUUUCCGGAUGCCGAUGAGGAGCAGCUUGACCUGGAGUCGAAGCGGGCGGUUUGUCUUCGUGAGGCCCUACCGGAUACGCCUGAAGCUGAACGGGCUGUCGCAUUUCGCCGGGCUGCCCAGGAGGCCAAUUCACUCACAAAACGGCACACUGAUCUGAGGCAGAAACUGGAAACCUGCAUGCACGAAUACCUGCUGCAUAUUGAGGAGCAGCGUGAAUACCGUCAACUGCUGCCCGACUGCCAGAGAAAGUUGUUUCCCGAACUCGACUCGCAGCAGCUGCAAGAGAAGCUCGACACCGCCCUCGCAAAAGGAGACCUCAGUCUUUACGUCCAGGUUCACACCUGCGUCUAUCUCGAAACGACCAAAGGACAGUGGGAGCUACAGAACUUCCACUUGGUUCAAGCGUGUGCUCAGCAAGUGUACGACAACACCACCAAUGACGCCAUGAGGACCCAGCUGCUGGCAGAAUACGAGAAGUACAUGGACAAUGCGACCAUAGAAAAGGCAAGUGUCGAGUUGCAACACAGCAUAGCAUGUUCCUAG